AUGCUGGCCCGCUGGAGGGCGGCCGGCCUCUGCGCCGCCGAUCCCGCCCCCAUCCUCUCCCUUGGGCCGAUGUGCCUGGCCGGCCUGCGCCCCCUGUCCGGCUCCCACUCCGGCCCGCCCGACGAUCAAGAUCCAAGUGCCCCCGCUGGGGAGGGCGCGGAUAAUGAUGCCCAACGAAUCGAUGAGCUCAACCACCUGAUGGCAUCCAGCGCAGCGCCCCACCUCGCCGGAAGCGCUGCACCGCCGGCUUCUGGCGAUCCGGCGGUCGACUCAUGGCGGACUUCAUCAGAAGGGAUCAAUCUUCCCGGGCAUGCGGCCCUGCCCGCAGGUGGGCAUCCCCACGGGGACACUGUUCAUGGCGGAUCCCGUGCCAAGGCCAAGACGGGGCCCCCGCCCCGGCCCAGGCCGCCACCGAGCCCGCCGGGCGAGUCGAUGGCGAUGAGGGCGUUCCGGCUGCACAAUUCCAGUUUAUGGGGUCUGAAGGGUCAGGUGAUCAUGGGCAGAGUAGUGCAGGUCACGCAUGAUUCAGUGCUGGUGGAUGUGGGGUUCAAGAGCUUCAGCCGGUUCUUCAAGCACGAGCUGAGCGGGUCGCAGGUGUUUGAGUCGGGCAGCCCCGGCCGCGCGCGCGGCAGGGACGAUUUCUUCGUGGGGGACGUGCUCCAGGUGCGUGUUGAGUGCGUGGAGUCACCGUAUGGGAACAUGUAUCUCAGCGCCCAGCAGCUGCAGAGAGACCUGGAAAUGGACCAAGUCUGGAGCGAACUGCAAGCUGCCCACCGCCAGGGCAUACAGGUCAUGGGCCGAGUGUUGAAUCCCGUGAACAUGGGAUUCGCUGUGGGGAUUGGCGGCUUCGUUGGAUUCCUGCCCCUCACACGGUGUGGACUCGCGCUGGGGCGGCUGAUAGGCAUCCUGUACCCGUUCAUCAUAUUGAACAUGGACAACGAAAAGAGGACGUUUGUCUUGCAGGAUGCAGAGUUUGCGUUCGUGAGGCGGGCGAAAUACAUAGGGUGGGGGAAGUGGGGAACUGACUAUUGA